AUGAGCUCCGCUACGCCCCGCAAGGUCUUUUUCUCUCGGAACGUGCCGUAUGCUAUUGAGCAAUUCCGCCAGCGACUUGCCACGGCCGGUGCCAACGCGGUCUCGGUGGAAUCCUUCUCCUCUGAAGAGAGCUGCAUACCACGUGAGGAACUACUCAAACGCGUGAAGGGAUGCGCGGGGCUGUUCUGUUUGCUAACGGACAAGGUGGACGCCGAAGUUCUCGAUGCUGCUGGGCCCUCGCUCCGUAUUGUGUCCACCAUGUCAGUCGGUCACAACCACAUUGAUGUGGAAGCCUGCAAAGCUCGGAAUGUGAGGGUGGGGUACACUCCGGGAGUUCUGGACGUGUCCACUGCUGAGACGGCUGUGGCGCUGACAUUUGCAACCAAACGACGACUGCUCGAGUGUGCAGCGAGCGCCAAGAACGGGGAAUGGGGCCGCCGUCUUGACGUCGACACGGUGGUGGCCACAAACCACCAGUCGAACCUCACAGGAGUCACUGCCGACACGUCGUCCAGCGUGCUGUUUGGUGACGAGGUGGCAUGCGUCCUUGAGCCGGAAGUCACGUACGGUCCGUACUACGUCCUGGGUGAGUACAUCCGAUCCGAUAUGCGCGAAGAUCAACCCGGCGUCGACAUGUACAUUGACGUACAAGUCAUUGACGUCAGCACGUGUGAGCCCGUCACGGACAUGUACGUCGACUUCUGGCACGCUAAUGCGACAGGUGUGUACUCGGGUGUGGUCGCUGACGGCAACGGCGACAGCAGCGACACCACCAACCUCAACAACACGUUCCUGCGCGGUGUCACCCCAACGGACGAGGACGGUGUCGCCCAGAUGAUCUCUAUCUUCCCGGGUCACUACGUCGAGCGCGCCACGCACCUGCAUUUCAUCGGCAACUACAACGGCACAGUGCUCUCGAAUGGCACAUACUCCGGUGGAUCGGUCGCACACGUCGGACAGUUCUUCUUCGACCAAGACCUCAUCACAUCGGUGAACGAGCAAGACACGUACGUGACCAACACCCAGGAGAUCACUCUCAACGAAGACGACAUGUGGUUGCAGGCGGCCGCCGCCGAUGGAUACGACCCGAUCAUGGAGUACGCUCUGCUGGGAGACUCGGUGGCGGACGGUUUGUUCGUGUGGAUCUCGCUGGCGGUGGAUAUGACUGCAGCACAAGAAGUGGAGGAAGCUGCCACGUUGACGGCAAACGGCGGUGUUAUCUCGAGUGACUCUGUUAUUGGCGGUGGGGCCGGUGGCAGCGGCAACUUCGGUGGCUCCAUGGGCGGCUUUAGCGGAUCCAUGGGAAGCGGUAACUUCGCUGGGUCGGCGGGCAGCCCCCCCUCAGUAAAUGUUUUUGUCGCAAAGUUUGUCUUGUUUCCUUUGAAGUUAGGAAGGAACCAUUAA